CUUCAAAGGGAACGCUCUGAGGCCAGCGCUGCGCCUCCUGGAAGCCUUUGAGCGGACAGCGAUUGUUCCCACAGGAAGGGCAGAUAGCGAUCUCUGCGUGCUGGCGCUUAGCGGGCCUCCCGCGGCGCUGUGAAUACAAUUGAGCCCGACGGCCGCGGGCGGCAUCGCCUCACCUGGGCGCGCAGCUCCGCGCCCCCCGGCCCGGCCGCCCCGCGCCUUCGCCACGGCCUCGGAGCGGGUGGGGAGCGGGGCGCGGGGCCGGGCCGGAGGGGGGGAUCGCCGGGGGGCUGCUAUGGGUCUCCUGCGCACGGGUACAUCGCGUGGGCACCCGAAAGGCGGCGGAGCGGGCCCUGGAGCCCAGCGGGGAGCGGGAGCAGCCCGGGGCUGGCUGGGGGGGGCCGCCUGCUGCCCCCCUGCCCCGCCGCCAGCAGCACCGCCGGCCCGGCCAACUCUCCUCGUGUAAGGGAGCCGUGCCUGUGCCACCCGCUAGGGAACAGGAAACUUUUCCGCGCCGCUUCUCGGCUGCUCGCUCGCUCGCGCGCUCUGCCUGUCUGUCUGUCCGUCUGUCUGUCGCGGUUCCCACAGCCGAUGCCCCCCCCGCCGUCCUUUUGCCGAGCCCCGGCUCUGCGCUCCCCCCGCGGCCCCCUGCCAGCCGGGGGGGGUCCCGGCAGCGCGGGCUGAGCGCGGGGGGCCCGGAGCCGCGGCGGGGGCUCGGGGCGGCGCAGUUACGGCGGGGACACGUCCCUGCGGCCGGGGGGCGCGGGGGGAGCCCCUGCCUGCUGCCGGCCGGCUCUACAGCGGGACCCGGCGGCCCCGUCAGGUGAACUCGCCGGGCCGCUGCUGUUACUUGGGGCCGUCAAACACCGGCAGCGCAAUCCGGAGGCAGAUUUCUCGGGCGAUAACAAAGCCACGUCGCCACUUUAGGGCUCUGCCACAAAUCCUUAGGAGCAAAAAAAAAAAAAGAAAAAAAAAAUCACCGCGAAGAGGGAGGGGGGGAUCCAGUGUCUUGCACAUCCAGUGCGAGGGUCUCCAGGCGGUAAGGGGUCCUUUGAUCAAGAAAAUCCAAUUAUUUGUGUAUAUACAUUUCCCACAUAGUGAUUACUUCAUUAAUUGUCCCGCCUUUAUCUCCUCCCUUCCCAUCCCCCCUAAUAAUCAGUUCUUUUAUCCAGACCAACAAACACACCAUAGGAGCUUUGUGGAUUCAAAGGAUUUGCUUUCGCUUCUGAAAGAGCCGCUAUUCUUUGAUGAUUGGGUAGCGGCAAACUUCAAAGCCAUAAAUCUUCCCUCUGACUGGCUGGCGGCCCAGCAAAGUCCUUAUCAAAUUCUUGGAGGUGAUCCUGGUGCAGGCAGACGGGCCGCGGAGAUCGCGCGGCGCGGGGGGGUGGCACAGGCACGGAGGCGAGGGGAGCGGAGCGGGAGCGGAGGGGAAGCGAAGCGGGCAGCUCCUCGCCUUCCCCGCGGCGCCUCCAUGCCUCGGCAGUGCCCCGGCGCCGUCCCCUCGCCCCGGGCGCAGUAGCCAUGGCCGCGGUGGCCGUCCUCCGGAACGACUCCCUGCAGGCUUUCCUCCAGGACCGCACCCCCAGCGCCUCCCCGGACUUGGCCAAGCACUCGCCGCUGGCUCUUCUGGCCGCCACCUGUAGCCGGAUCGGACAGCCGGGCGCGCCGCCCUCGGAUUUCCUGCAGGUCUCCUACGACCCGACGCUGGGAUCCCCCUCCAGGAUCUUCCACCCGUGGAGCGGCGAGAUGCCCGCGCACUCCCCGGGGGGGCUGCCGCCGCCGCACCCCAGCCUGGGGCUGACCCCGCAGAAGAACCACCUGCAGCCCUCCUUCGGGGGGGCGCACGAGCUGCCCCUUACCCCCCCGGCGGACCCCUCCUACCCCUACGAGUUCUCCCCCGUCAAGAUGCUGCCCUCCUCCAUGGCCGCCCUGCCGGCCAGCUGCCCCCCCGCCUACGUCCCGUACGCUGCCCAGGCCGCCCUGCCGCCCGGCUACUCCAACCUGCUGCCGCCGGCGCAGCCCUGCCGGCAGCUCUCGCCCAACCCGCCGCCCGAGGACAUCCCCUGGUGGAGCAUCCAGCAGCCCGGCGCCCCGGCCGGCUGCGGCCACCGCUUCCCCGCCGCCGCCGCCGCCGCGCUGCCGCGGAGCCUGGUGCUGGGCCACUCGGACUUCGCCCAGUACCAGACGCAGAUCGCCGCCCUGCUGCAGACCAAGUCUCCCCUGGCGGCCACGGCCAGGAGGUGCCGCCGCUGCCGCUGCCCCAACUGCCAGUCGGCCGCGGGCAGCGCCCCGGAGGCGGAGCCGGGCAAGAAGAAGCAGCACAUCUGCCACAUCCCGGGCUGCGGCAAGGUGUACGGCAAGACCUCGCACCUGAAGGCGCACCUGCGCUGGCACACGGGCGAGCGGCCCUUCGUCUGCAACUGGCUCUUCUGCGGCAAGAGCUUCACCCGCUCCGACGAGCUGCAGCGGCACCUGCGGACUCACACGGGCGAGAAGCGCUUCGUCUGCCCCGAGUGCGGGAAGCGCUUCAUGCGCAGCGACCACCUGGCCAAGCACGUCAAGACCCACCAGAACAAGAAGCUGAAGGCGGCGGCGGACGGCGUCAAGCGGGAGGACGGCCGCGACCUGUGACCGCCGCGCGGGGCAGGGACCCGGGGCGGGGGGCGCACGGCGCCGGGAGGAGCCGCGGGGCCCCGGUCGCGGUCCCGGUGCCGGUCCCGGUGCCGCCUCCCCCCGGUGCCGCCCGGGGCGCGGCCUUUGGGGCGGGAGCGGGGCGGCCAGCCCGGGGCCCGGCCCUCGGUGCUUUCAGGGGAAAAGACUGGCGUUGGGUGUACAGGUUAUUUAACGGUUCUGUUCGGACACGAGUGUUCCCUCCCUCCUCCUCCUCCUCCUCCUCGGCUCCGUGCGGGGCCCCCGCAUGAGAUGUUUCUGUAAAGCGACCCGCGAUUGCAGCGUGAUACCAAUAAACACGUUAACACUGGGGCCGCGCUGGGGGCGUCCCGCCGCGUCGCCGUCGCUUGAUCGCCCCGGGGCUCCCCGCCAAGGCGCGGCGGGGCCGGGCCGAGCCCCCGGCGGAGCGCAGCGCCCCGGGACGGGGGAGGCGCCCGGCGGCCGCCGCAGGGAAACUCCUCCGGGAGCUCCCGCUGCCCGCGGCCGGCCCGGGCUGUAUUUAUUUAUUUUUUUCCCUACACGUGGAGUCGUGAGCGUAAAGGGGGAGCACGUGGAGCCGCCGCUGGGAGUCACUGUGCGGGCCCGUGCGGCGGGCAGGGUCUGGCUGUGAGCUGAGGUCGGCAGGCAGGGACAGCCGCCUCGGGGCCCGGCUGCAGGGCCGGAGGCAGCCAGCCCUGCCCUGCCCUGCCGUGCCCUGCCCUGCCCUUCUCUUCCCUGCCCUGCCUGACGAUGCCUGUGGCGCGGCACUGCCCAGACGUGCCUUCAGCACCGUACCUGUGAGCAGACCUGCGGAGUUUAAGGGCAAAAUGCCCGCCUUCCUCCCCGUGUGCCGAAAUGGCGGCCGCUCUGCUGCUGAGGGGAAGGUGCUCGGCCCAAGGCUGUGUUCCAAAGCGCUUGGGAGCAGCUCGAGCUUUCAGGGUUUCCAAUGUGUCAUUAGGCAUCGUGUCAGUUUAGGCUUACAUUAACGUUGGCAAAGUUAUUUGAAAAUAAUGGAUAUUUUUCUGUAGCGACUUCCCUAUUCCUUUUUCUGACUGAAAAUUGUAUAAAACAAACCGAUGAGGAACCUGAUCAAUCGUUUGCUAAAUCUGGCUUUUAAACAUCGAGAAUAUGCUUUUUCGCCUUAUAUUUUCACCAAGUCAGCUCUGUUCUCUGUUUGCCUAAUGAGACAGACAAACAAGAAGUGCUGCCCGAAACUUCGCUCGGACUAAGCUGGAGCCAGACUGCCGCAGAUGGGUUCCUCUGGUGGCAGUUGUCAAACAAGCUCUGGCACAGCCGUAAUUACAGAGAUCCCCUUGGCCAUGGCAUUCGGAAUCAAGAGAAACAGCAACUCGAUAGAUGUUCAUUGCAGUAGAAUGUGUAAAACUGAUGUGUGUAUAUGUGUGUUAAAUACUGGAAAGAAUAUAUUCUCUCAGGAAAUAAUGAGAUGAGACAAUACCAGCAGAGCUCUCACAUCUAAAAUAAUGAGAAGUUAAUGGACGGUUACUACAGUACAGCUAUUCAACAGUAUUUUAGUGUUUAUCAUUCUGACUUAAUUUCUCACACCAAAGUCUUAGGGUCAAAUAAUUUAAUUAAAAAAACAAUCAGUUGUUUUCUUUGCUACUACAGCUCCUUCUGUAAGCUGUCCUAUGAUAGAAAGCAUUGAGCAAAAUACCUUUGGCAUCACUGGUUAGCACUCUUGCCAGAGAUUUAGUCUCUAGAAGCACGUUGAAGGAUACGAUAGAGAUUUAGUGAUACAGAAGGAGCACCAGCAACGGAGGCAGUAACAGACACAGUCCAGAAGUUCUCACUUUAAAGAGUCAUUGAGACAACAACGCAUCCCAGUUACAACAGACACUUAAAUAUGUCAUCUAGCAUAAUGUUUCUGCUUUUUAAAAUGUUUCCUGGCAAUCAGGGGCAACUUCCUUCCUUUCUUUGAGAUUAAGUUACAUUAAGAAUGUAACGUUACAGAAUUCAAGACUGCUUUGAAAAUAGUUUGUUUCACUAAAUAGCCUUUCAGUUCUAUGUACAGAUCAGACCUACCUAAAACGAUCAGUAAUGGAAAGUGUUUUUGUUGAUCACAGUAGAGGGGAAAUGAGAGUAUCCCAGAAUAUAAAAGAUCCACUUAUAGGAUAGAAUAAUGUAUUUGGAUGUUGCUACAGGAGAAUGGCCUUUCCCUGCUAAGUGCCAAGAUCAAGAGGAAGUAUUAACGUGAAGUGAAGCAACGUGUGGGCUGCGUUUUGGCACAAGGUUAGCCCGAGUAUGAACUAGAGAAUAGCUCUGGUAGAGCAGAUGUAACUAGCAGAAAAUAGCCAGAUAAUUUUUGUGAUUUGUAAGCUGGGCCGUUAUGGAAAGAUUCUGCUCCAGUUAGAUGACAAACUGAAUAUACCCAGCAUCUGUGUUGACUGGUCUAGCCAGAAUCUUUUGGGUUCUUACUCAGUUCUCAAGACAGAACUUGUACUGAAACGCUGACAGCUUUACCACUUCCUCAGUUACUUAUAGGCCCACACUUUAGGCUUUAACCAAUAACUAUAUCCCAGGCUAUAGUGCCAGCACCAUAUUGGGAGUGAGGGUGGUAAAUUAUUAAAUAUAUAUAUAUAUGUAUAUCAUGUUGAUGUUGUAGCCUUUGCACCUUGUAUAAUGUCUGUAUAAUAUCUGCAUUUAAAGCAUGAAAGUGCACAGGUUAAAAAUAUGUACAAUCAAAAUCAGUUAAAUAUCUGUCAUGAGAGAUGCAUUUAAUUGAAAAUCCAUGAUGUCAAAUGCUAAUUAAAAUCUUAAUCUGUGAGAACAGUUUAAAAAAAAAAAAAAAAAGCAAUGGAAAAACAGAAUUAGGCGUCCACGACACAAGGUAAGUAAAAGUAACAGUUUAUAUUUAAUAAAACAUUAUUUUACUAAAGCUUUUAAAUAGUUCAUUGGAAAAAGAGGGCAUAUCAAUCAUAGCUGUUUCAUAUUCAUCUCUAAAUAGCUAAAUCAUAUGAUAGCUUUUCAAUUGAAAUCGUUAAACUUUUAUAGUAAUAUGGCAUUUAAAUAUACAUGUGACCUUUCUGAUAUAUGGGUAGAGCGUUACAAAAAUAUAUUGCUUACAUCUCAAGAAUUUAUUUCUAGUUGGCAAAUUGCACUCUAUAAUAAAAUUAACUUUUAAUUUUGCAUUCACAAAAUACAUUUUACACUUUUAGCUGUUUCCAAUCAACUAGAACAGCUGUUCAUUUUAUAAAAUUAAAUGAUUAAUAUUCUUUUUAAUUACACAUUUUGAGUACAUAUGCUGUUCAAGGUCAAUUCAAUUCUGAAUUUCAAAUCUUAAAUGUCAUUGAUAUAAUAGACACAUCAAAUAAACUAAUUCAUCUCAUAGUUAAUUCAAGUUAAUUAAUCUCAACCAAAAAAAAAAAAAAAGUCAAAAUAUAGUUUUAAAACUUGAGAUUUGGCAUCUUUUCUGUGUUGAAAAGUGACUUUCAUAUUUAGGCAAACUGUUAAGUUGAGAAUAUGAAAAAAAAAAGAAGUUCUUCAGAUAAUUUUUUAAUAUACUGUUCAUCAGAUUAUUUUUAGUUAAGGGCCUAAUCAUGUGACCCUAAUUUGGGUUUCAUCACAACAGAGUUUUCAUGUUGAUGUGAAUAUGACUUUCACCUGAGACAGUGUUGCAAGAUUCAACUUUCGGUCCUGACUAUCCAGGCUUUCACAGUAGUAAUCCCACAAAUGUAUAACGUUGUAUUUCAUAGCUCCUCAACUGCUAUUACAAAAAAUGCAGGAUAAAAAAUUUAGUUACUAAAAAUUUGCUUUCUAGGUACAUCAGAAGAUAAAGUAAAAAGAAAGAUGCAUCUUUCUUAAGACUUUCUAAAAUUCCUGGAUGGCUUCAUACUUGUUAUUCAUCCAUUGUUUUAGAACAGGGAAACAUUAGAACUGUUGGAUUCUCCACACAUAUUCAACUUAUCCCCCAUCAUAUUAGCAAAAAGAAUAUUAAUCAAAAGACUGCUGUUCCUCCUCACACACUGAAGAGCAACCUCCUUCACUCACUGAAGAGUCACACAUCGUCGCACAGCCCUGCUUAGUUACCUGGUUGGGAUCUGCCAGAUGGGAAAAGACACAGUGCAGCCUACAGCUCCACUAAACCUCUGUAGCACUUUCAUUCCCACUGCCUCUCCUUGAAUGCCAGCCAUAGUUCAGUGGACAAGGAGGGGCUGUAUGCUGUCCCUUCUCUCCCAGGGCUGAUCCUGUGCCCCGACAUCAAUAGAAACUUCAUUAUGGGCAUCGAUGUGUGCAAAGUUCAACCUGACGUUGGCUUCACAGCUUUGAAAAACUUAACCACCAAAACUAAAGUCCUUACAAGGUUAAGAGAAAACUCUGGGCUUGCCAAAUAAACCAGUUGGAGCACUUUCAAUUGCUUGGAUGUUUUCAAUGUUGAUCUCAAAGAACCAUAAAAAAGGAAAGGCUUCCGUGAGCUGUUAAAGCUCAGGAAAGUUUGUGGAACUGCUGAGGGAUGCAGUGUCAAUAAAUGAUCUCCACCGUUGCCACCAUUCCGUGUGCGUUGAAGAACAGAAUGAUGCUGUCAGCCCCAGUGAGGUGUUAAAUCCUCUAAAAAACUGAGGUAGCAUCCAGUAUAUUUCAAUGGCUGGUCACUUGGAGGUCAGUCAACAGAUGGUGAUUGACGGCAAUGCUGAGCAAGAAAUCUUGCCACAGUGACUUCUGUGGCUACCUUCACCAUAGUCUUGAAUUGCAAGUUUAGCAGGAUGUGCAGGUGUUUCUCAUGCCAGCAAGAAAAAAGAAGUGUGGGAAUGACUCCUGUGGAAGCAUUGUUAUAUUGGUGAUGAACUAAAAACAUAAGCCUGGUGCAAUGGCAGAGGUAAUGUCUUUUAUUGGACCAACUUGCAUAACUGAGGAAAAGUACACAAAUUCCAGACAUAGUACUCCUUCGAGUAUGUUAUCAGAACAGAAAACUUCAAAGCUAAGUAUAAGUUAAGAUCCUAAUAUAGUCUGAAUUCAAUUAGAUAUCUAUUGGACUGUAAGAGGAAAGAUGGUACUUCUGAAAAAGAAGAGAGAUUAGGUAGGGGAGGGAGGUUGUCUCUUAAGGAAAAUACGGAGAUUAUUCUUUCAGGUAAAAUUUUGUAAUUACAUAGGUUUUUCUCACUUUAUGGUUUAUGCAUGCACAUGGUAUGGAAAAUAAUAUUAAUGCUUUUUCAUGUCUUACUGUUUGGGGGUUUCUUUCAGAUUUUUAACCUGUUAUCUGAUUUUCUGUGUUUAUUAUUCUUAUGACAUUAUUACUCUUAAAUGUAAUUUGUCUUUUUCCCAUCCUAAUUCUAGACUUUCAUACAAAAUUACUAAUAAUAUCAACUGAGAAUAUUUUUUUUGCAUCAUAGUCACUUUAUCAAAAUUAUGGUGCUACCUGGGAGCAGAGCUUAUAACAAUAGGCUUGACACUCUUUAGGUUAUGAAUGGACCGUUUUGAUAUGUGUGUAUGUAAAAUUCUUCAUUUGUAUAAUUGCACUUUCAUGAACCAUAAAUGACAGCCUUAUUUCUGUUUUUCUAUUUAUUUUUGUCAUCAUAUGUAUGUUAGUAAUAUAUUAUGCUGUUAAAUUAGAGUUCUGAUCUGUGAACCAGAAAAUGCUGAGGCCAAGCAGUUUUUUCUACUUCUUGAAGAAAAGGUGUUGAUGACAGAAGGAUAAUUGGAACCUGCAAAUAUCCCCAUUUGUGAAGAUGAUGAAGAAAAAAGCGAUGAAAGCGGAAACAGCAACACCAAGAGUAUUAGCUAUUCAAAUAGUAGUAAUGAAAAAGGAGAAGAAAGUUGUUAUUCUGAAGAAAAUUUGUUGGAAAAUCCUAUAGUAUUUCUGAAGAUGAUUCUGUGAUUCUCCAACAGGCAUGUUAAAUUACACUGUUUAAUAAUAUUUUUCUUCUGAAUUUCAAUAGUCUUUAACAUUAAUAUCAGACCUUGGAAUUUUUGUUGUCCUUGUGUUACUUUCAAACUUAUACCUGCAAAAAUAACCUUGUUCUCUAACUUGAUGACACAUGCAUACUUGACGUAUGCAGAAGUAACUGGUAAAAUAUUUUCUCCCUGGAGCAGCAAGUCACAUGGAAACUGUGGUUUAGACUGUCAGUUGAGCAAAACAUAGUAUUUUAGGAGUAUUACAUUUGCUACAUUCCACUUGAAUGGGUGAAAAUAAAUCUUCCAGUAUGAUUUUGUGAAACUCUUUAUUCUGGAAAAUGACAACAAAGUUUUGAGUGACAGAAAUGCCACCUUAAAAUAAAAACACAGCUUGCUGAAAAUUGGUUGUAUAGCUUUGACAUUAAUGAAACAGCUGUUAGUAUUUCAACUGAAAAGCUUUACCUGAGGUUUUUGUCCUGUCCAAAUUUAGAGAGAAACUCUAUAGCACUGUUGAAUAAAUGCUAGUUGUAAAAUUGAUCAGAAAAUCUGUGUAACUCAUAAGAUUGUGACUUGUAUCCCUUCAGUAUUAUUUUUUUGUUAAUGUUUAAAAAUGUAUAGACUGAGACGACAUACUCUAUGGCUGAAGGGUGUCACUGUGAUGUAAAAUAUUCAUAUUCAACUGUGGAAGUUUGAAUUCACAUUCCUGGUGGGUUUGGUCUGCAUAAAGAAAUUACAGGACCGAGCUUCUGGAGUAAAUUUACCACAGAUAUUCAGCUGUUUCUCUGGACACAACUAAGCUGUAUAAAGAACAAAAGUUUGGUUUGUAGAAGUGGACAAGAGAUAAGUAAGCCAUCUGCUUUCCAGGGAAAAGUAGAGCACCUCUUUUCUCACAUAAAUGGAAAGGAAUGAAAAUGAUCAAGCCCUCUAAGGCUGUGAUUCCUGAAUUGUUAGUUUUAGAGUCUGCGUUACUCAGCUCCUAUUGCUUGUUUUUUUAAUUUGGAGAUUUUUCUAAGAAAGAACCACUUGCUCAAGUCUUAAAUGAAUUCAUAUCCACACUUUUAAAAUGGACAGGGAAAACUCAUAGACUGGGGAUUGUUCCUCCUACUUUAUCAAUGUGCUGAUUUUUCUGGACUGGCAUUAAAACUUUAAAAUGAUUCAGAUAUACUCUUGAAAGGCAAAUUCCCUUUUUAAUAGAGUAUCUCAAGAAUAGAUCGGAUAUAUAAACUCAAGAUGGUUUACAUUUUGUGCUAAUAUCUUCUGCCAUUUUUAAUGCAGAUGUCUAUGUGGGAUGUCUGCCAUAUGUAUUACCUCAAAUCAGUUGGUGUCCACAUGGUGAAGACUAAGUGAACCAUGUUACAAUGUUGAAAGAAACAGAUAAUAAGCUAAGUGUUUUUAAAAGUCCAAAUAUAAAUUGACUGGCAUGCCUAUAAAAAGGUACAUAUCUAACUGCACAGAUAAAGCGAGAGAUUUGCACUAAAAUUAUGAAAAUAUUUUGAUUUAAGCCAUGCUACUGCAGGUAAGGCUUGUAGCCAAUUCUUACUGUAUUUAAAGUUUAUUUUUUUUAAAUAGUAAGAAUUUUAUUGUAUAAAAUCCCAAGUUAUAUGGGGAUGGAGAAUUGGAUUGAGUGUAAUCACAUUCAGUAAAGUCAACUAAUGAAAACCAAACAUAGCUAACAUGCUGUUCUGGGGUAGGCAGAAGAAAAGAUACAGUAAACAUAUUUUAUUAAAGACAUGAGUACAUUAAAGUUUAGUAUUGCUUUUCACUACAGAAAUUCUAAGGCCUGAUAUUGAUGUUUGAAACUACAUAGUAGCCACUUCAUGCUGUAACUUUAAGGGUGUUACUUCCUUUUAAACUGGUGUGAGAAAAGCCAAUAUUUACCUAUGAUGUAUCUAAAUGUUACUGAAUAAUUCUUAGUCUUUUUUUUUUUCAUAUGAGAAACAAAUACUCAGGUAAUAGUGAAAUGAUCUAAGUUUAUAAGUCUUGGAGAAAUAAUUGGUUUAUGUUGGUUAUGCUUAGAUAGAUGUGCCUAUAUACAAAAACUUUUUUUUAGUUGCCCUUAGCUUCUGUAGUAUCUGUCUUGUGUUAUUUUUCUUUCAAUAAUUCCUGCUGCAAAUCCACAUGGGUAAAGAAGACAGAUUUAUCAAAUGCUUAUGUCUGUUACAGGACUUGGCUUUGUAGUGUCUCUUUCUUUGUUAAAUACAAGCAUGUCCCAGCAGCAUAGAGGACAUGAAACCCCAGGUCUUCCAGUGCUGAGUGGCUAACGCCCACCCUGAUGACUGCAGCUCUGCUCAUUCCUGUGAUCGUCUCCUUUUAGUGCAGCUAUCAAAAUGCCAGCAAAGGGAAUCAAGAACAUUUGAUGAAGCAGAUCAAAACGGACAGCAACACGUGCCAGCAUGGAUCAGGAAGGGGACAUCCUGCAGCAAGAAGCCACAAAGUAUGUAAAACAAUGUGCUUCAGAUUAGAUUUCACCAAGUGCCCUUCAUCACAGCAGUGCUGAGUGUUCUAGCUGGCAGCUCAUCUUGAGCUGUCUUUGAAAUUUGGGUGAUGGACAUGAUCCUUACAUUUGGGACAGCUGGAUACAUCAGCAUCUGAUCAAUCUCAAAACCCAAAGCAAACCUCUCUCUUAACUUCAGUGAAUUUUUAUCAGGUGCCAUAAACCAGAUAGCAGAAGUUAUCUUUAGAAUAGAGUUCUUCACCUGAUUUCCAUUUGUAGAAUUCUUUGGCUAGGGACAAGUAAUUAGACCAAUAGUUUGUUAAAUUUCCUUGGCAUGUUCACUCUUUGGCUACAGACAUGCAAUAAUUUGUAUCUGUAUUUUUAGCAGUGCAGGUGCAGGCCAGGAAAAUUCUGAAAUACUUAGUUUUCCAAUUUUUCUUUUGUUAAGAUUUAAGGAAAUUUGCUAUUUAAAUUAUUCCAGUUUAUCAAAGAUACAGGUAAAUGAGAUGCGACUGUUUACCAGAAAUGGUGGGGAAAGGAAAAAGAUACCUGAUGCAAUUAAUUAAUGUUUUGUAAUAACGGCCUUGAUUAUACAUUAUUAUAAAUGUGUGGUUAAAAAAAAAAAAUCAGAAACAUCACAGAUA